AUGGAGCUGCAGUCGCACCCACAGCUGAGGCACCACGCUGAGCAUCUGGACUAUAUGCUGUACCACACUCAGAAGGAGUUAGACAACUCCCGUGCGUACGCGAACCAGACUCACCUCGCACUGAUCACGCAUGGCGAUGCCAUCAAGCAGCUGUCCAGGGACCGCAACAAGCUUCGUCUGAAGUGCGCGAAGAAGGAUGUCACCAUUACACGCCUUCGCGCACAGAUCGCAUCACUUGAGGCCACUGUCAAGGCUCAGGAGGAGCAGCUGAUGGAGAUAGAGGAGGACGAGGCCGUAAAAAGAGGAGCACCUUGGUUCAUGGCAUCCUGGAAUCGGAGGCAGGGUCGGAGGUUAUUAUCCGUGGAGUCAAAUAUUGUGCACGACCAUAAAGUAGAGGAAGAAAAAGAUAGGCUCAGCGCGCUGACGGAUGACAUCUUAAUCUCCAUAUUGGGGACAGUCGACCUUGCCACGGCAGAAAGAACUAGCGUGCUGUCGACGCGGUGGAGAAACCUGCCCUGGUUACUUCCUGAGCUCGAACUUCAUGUCAAGGACUUCCUUAGUUCCCCAUGCUCAGGGGCUGCACGCCAGAUCGACCAAGCAAUGGCGUCUCUAACAAGAGCUACUCGCGGCUUCUUGGCUCAGGCUCGCAGGGAACACACCAUCACUAAGCUAUGCCUUCAGCUCUAUCCCAUUGGCAACUACACGCGUGACAUUGGCCUGCUAGUUAGCGACGCCAUUGACGGCGACAUCGUAAAAGAACUGAAACUUGCAAUCUUAAACGAGAAGGGACCUAGGGACACCGAAAAUGAGUCUAUGGUACAGCAAGCUCGGGAUGUGCCUCGGGAUGUGGUUGGAUUUUUCAGUGCGUAUCCUAGUGUUCUUCGUUGCCUCACAAGGCUCCAUCUAUACAAUGUUCGCCUUGCUGAACGGGACAUGCAUCACCUCCUGUUUGACUCCUGCAAGCAACUGCUGCACCUUAGUUUGGACCACUGUGACACCGGGGACGGUUCUGUAUUGAAGAUCAAUGCGCCAGAUUCGAAUAUAAGAGUUCUAGAAGUAACCUUGACCUCAUUGAAAAGAGCCGAGGUGCACUGCCUUCCAAAACUAGAGCGGCUCCUUUGGAUGCAUUGGGUCAAUUAUGAAUUCCCCUUGUGUUUUGGUUCUGUCCCAUCACUUAAGGAAAUCUGCCUCUACUGUUCUGCAAGUCUCCGUCACCAAACGUUCAGUUUAAGCCAGGUUCUACGUGGUGCCACAAACAUACAUACUCUAACCUUAUGCUUUCAUGGAGAAAAGGUAAUUUCAGUAUAUAGUUGUUAUAUUGUGGUUGUGUUAUUUCAUAAAGUUCGAACUUAA